AUGGCGGAUCGUUACAUUCCCGAACACCGUCGGACGCAGUUCAAGGCGAAGAACCAGUUCCGCCCCGAUGAGCUCCGCCGCCGCCGUGAAGAACAGCAGGUCGAGAUCCGAAAGCAAAAGCGUGAGGAGAACCUCGCCAAGCGACGUGGUAUUCAGACUCGGGAUGGAGGAAUUGGUGUCGGUGGCGGCAUGGCCGCUGCCACCGAAAGCGAUGACGAGGCUAGUGCUAUUGAGAGCGAGCUCAAUGUCGAACUUCCCCAGAUGGUGAAGGGUGUCUUCUCCGACCAGGUUGAGGAGCAGAUCCAAGCCACCACUAAGUUCCGCAAGUUGCUGUCCAAGGAGCGCAACCCUCCCAUCGAGCGCGUUAUUGAGACCGGAGUCGUCAGCCGCUUCGUUGAAUUCCUUCGCUCCCCCCACACCCUGGUCCAGUUUGAGUCUGCGUGGGCUCUCACCAACAUCGCCUCCGGUUCUGCCCAGCAGACCCAGGUUGUCAUUGAGGCUGGUGCUGUGCCCAUUUUCGUGGAGCUCCUCAGCAGCCCCGAGCCCGAUGUCCGCGAGCAGGCUGUUUGGGCGCUCGGUAACAUUGCUGGUGACAGCCCCCACUGCCGUGAUUUCGUUCUGGGCGCCGGUGCCCUGCGCCCCUUGCUCAACCUGAUUAACGAUGGCCGGAAGCUGAGCAUGUUGCGCAACGCCACCUGGACCCUCAGCAACUUCUGCCGUGGCAAGACCCCCCAGCCUGAUUGGAACACCAUUGCCCCCGCUCUUCCCGUUCUUGCCAAGCUCAUUUAUAUGUUGGAUGAUGAGGUUUUGAUUGAUGCUUGCUGGGCCAUCUCGUAUCUUUCAGAUGGCGCCAACGACAAGAUCCAGGCUGUUAUUGAGGCUGGCAUCCCUCGACGCCUAGUUGAGCUUCUCAUGCACGCCUCCACUUCUGUUCAGACACCCGCUCUCCGCUCCGUUGGUAACAUUGUUACCGGUGAUGAUGUCCAGACCCAAGUCAUCAUCAAUUGCGGUUCCCUUCCUGCCCUGCUUUCUCUCCUGAGUUCUACCAAGGAUGGUAUCCGCAAGGAGGCUUGCUGGACCAUCUCCAACAUCACCGCUGGUAACUCCAGCCAAAUCCAAGCCGUCAUUGACGCUGGUAUUAUUGCUCCUCUCAUCAACCUGUUGGCCAACGGUGACUUCAAGACCCGCAAGGAGGCUUGCUGGGCUAUCUCCAACGCCACCUCUGGUGGUCUCCAGAAGCCCGAUCAGAUCCGCUACCUUGUCUCCCAAGGCUGCAUCAAGCCUCUGUGUGACCUGCUUGCUUGCCCCGACAACAAGAUCAUCCAGGUCGCUCUUGAUGGUCUUGAGAACAUUCUCAAGGUCGGCGAUAUGGACAAGGAGGCUGGCCAGGGCGAGGCCCGCGUCAACCGCUAUGCUCUGUUUAUCGAGGAGGCUGGCGGCAUGGAGAAGAUCCACGACUGUCAAAACAACGCCAAUGAGGAGAUUUACAUGAAGGCCUACAACAUUAUCGAGAAGUACUUCUCUGAUGAGGAUGAAGCCGCUGGUGAGAUUGAUGAGCUGGCCCCCCAGCAGACCCAGGCCGGUUUCACCCUUGGCACUGGCCAACAGCAACCCGCUGGCGGAUUCAACUUCGCCAACGGUGGUGACUCUAUGGAUAUGUAA